AUGGCUGGCACCACCACACACCAUGUGGACGAGAACGAGAAGAAUAUUCCGCUCCAGAUUGACGAUGUAGCGACGUUGGAGAAGGAUCUUGGCUCAAAGGACGAGCUUGCUGGUGCCGAUUAUACCGGUGCGAUUGCGAAGACGGACCCAGCUGAAAUUGCCCUCGUGCGCAAGCUCGACAUGCGCGUCAUGCCGGCGCUGUUCUGCAUGUACUUUCUCAACAAGCUCGACCAGAACGCGAUCGCAAAUGCACGACUCAACGGACUUGAAAAGGACCUCGGGCUCGUUGGCAGCCAGUACAACACGUGCAUAUCGAUUCUUUACGUGGGAUACCUCUUCGCGCAGAUUCCCAGCAACAUGCUCAUGUCGUCGAACAAAGUGCGGCCGUCGGUCUACAUGGCGGUGUGCUGCACGGUUUGGGGCUGUGUAGCGGCUCUCACAGCGCUGGUCAAGAACUACACUGGCCUGGUCUUGGUGCGCUUCUUCCUGGGCUUUGUCGAGGCGCCGUUUUACCCUGGAGCGCUGUACAUCCUGAGUCUGUUUUACACGCGCAAAGAGAUUGCCACGAGGGUGUCGAUUUUGUACGCUGGUAACAUUUUCGCGGUCUCGUUUGCGGGCCUGAUUGCUGCGGCGACAUUUGCCACGCUGGAUGAUAAACAUGGCAUGCAUGGCUGGCAGUGGCUGUUCAUCAUCGAGGGAAUCGUUACCGUUGGCGUAUCUGCUGUUUGCGUCUUCUUGUUGCCCGACGAGCCGUUGACGACAAAGUGGCUGACGCCCGAGCAGCGUCAGUUGGCGCAUGACCGUAUCCAGAGGGACACUGUUGGCCUGGAGCCCAGCAAGGGAGUGAGGGCCGGUUUUACGCAGGCUCUUCGGGACCCUCGUCUCUAUCUGCUUGUUUUCAUGCAGAACAUGCACUUGAGCGCGACGUCGUUCAACCAGGUAUCCCCGCCAUCACUCGUUGCUGGCGCCGUCGGUAUCUGCGUCGGCAUCUCGUCUGGCAAGUUCAACGACAGGACAUGGCACAUUACCGUCAUGAUGGGCAUCGCUGUUGUUGGUUUUGCCAUUAGUGCUUCCACACUCAAUCUCGCCGCGCGCUACGUGUCGUGCUUCCUCUUUGCAUCUGGCGUCUAUUCCGUCAAUUCGGUCAUCCUGGGCUGGGUCUCCGGCACCCUCGGCCAGACCGCCGAAAAGAAAGCCGUGUCGCUGUCUAUCGUCAACGUCGUGUCCAUGGCGAGUUUCAUCUACACGCCGUAUCUGUAUCCCAAGAGCGAUGGGCCCAAGUACGUCAUUGCCAUGAGCAGCAAUGCGGCGUUUGCGGCGGCGUCGAUAGUAGCGGCUUGGGCGCUGAGGGUCUGGCUGCAAGUCACGAAUGCCAAGUUGAAGAGGAACGGAGUUAAUGUGUUUUAUGCGUAUUGA